AUGCGCUGGGCAUCCGCUCUCUUCCUCACCGGCCUCCCGCUCGCCACAGCCACCCGGCGUCCCUCCCCCAUCACCGCCCGCCAAGCCGCCGGCCGCAUAGAAGUCCUCGCCGUGCGGGCCAACGGCACGCUCUGCCCCAACGAGGGCACGUACACGUCGCACAUCAGCCCCGAGAAGGACGUCUUCACCAUCGGCUUCAUGGAGAACUGGGUCGACAGCCUCGACAAGAAGACGGGCCUGUGCACCGUCACCGUCGACCUGCUGUACCCCGGCGGCGGCUGCACCACGGCCAAGCUGCAGACCACCCCCAGCGGUUUCAUGCAGGGCGACGAGACCGUGCGCGGCCACCUCAAGCUCGGCUACAAGGACCCCCGCGCCCGCGCCGGCGAGCUGCUGCAAAAGGAGCUCGUCAACUACCACUGGUCCGCUACCAACCCGGGCAUCGUCUGGCUCGAGACCGGCGAUAUCGACGGCUCCUUGGCCGUGGCGGGCGGCGAGGGCGCCACCGUCAGCGUGGACAUCGUCACCGACUUGUCUAUCGUGACGACGACGGAGGAUAGCAUGGGCGGCACGCUUGAGCUGGAGGCCCUCACCAUGAUGGUUUUGGAUACCUUGACGGAUGCGGACCCGAGCCUAAAAAAACAAAAUGCACCUCCUCCCCAUUCUCACACUCACCCUCUUCCCCUCCUCUCCCUCGCCGACCUCCGCCUCGACACCGACGACGUACCCCAACCCUGCUCCGCCCUCUGCGCCCCCAUCGUAGAACUCUCCCGCAUCUGCGAAGUCACCGACGAGGACGCCGUCGGCGGCUCCGACAACGAGGACCUCCUCGAGCGCCAGUGCCUCUGCACCAACGCCAGCUUCGACGUCCCCGGCCGCACCGCCCUGUGCGCCGCCUGCAUCCACCAAAACGCCCCCGACCUCGACGAUGCUGAAGACAUUAGCGACAUCAUGAGCGCCUGCGGCUUCCAGAGCACCACCCUCGCCCAGGGUUCCACCUCCGCCUCCUCCGUCUCCGUCGCCGCCACCAAGCCCACCGCUUCCAGCGACCUCACCACCACCUUUAGCGCCACUGUCACCGGUGCCGGCGUCGGAGGUUCCGGUGCCGUCGACACCGCCGGAAGUCGCCCGACCGAUGCGAGCGAUAAGCCCGACGGCGACAAUGCCGCCGUCGUCGGUGCCCCUACCAGUGCGGGCGUCAUGUGUGCCGCCGUUGCCUUCUUUGCUGCUGUUUUGUUCAUGGUCUGA